ACAUCUUCCUUGGGUUGGUUUGUCUUCUGCAGUCGCACAUCACUGGCACUGGAGGAAAGAAACAGCCGAUCCCACGGAGGAAAAUGUUUGUGUAAAAAAAGAAAAGAAAAGAAACAGUGGAAAAAACAAUGGAUACUUUCCCGGUCGCGUAGUUCUACAAUCCAUUGACUGAAUUAUUGCCGAAAACGUAAGGACCACUACGAAACGAUUGGCUACGAUUCAGACGAUUUCCAAUAUCAGCUCUCUGAGACCGGUUAUAUGACAUUUGCUUCUCUCGUCCCCCACUUGGACCACCACCGUUCGAACUAGACGCAGCGAACCCCCGUCGACGCAGCCACCGCCACCAUGAUCCAGGGUUACGGGCCAGUGACGCAAGCCCUCCUAGGUACCCUGCUGACAUGGGGCCUUACCGCACUCGGUGCCGCAUUGGUCAUCUUUCUCCGCGGCAAUCAACGCAAAUCGCUGGACAUUUCGCUCGGAUUCGCCGCCGGUGUCAUGAUUGCGGCCAGUUUCUGGUCCCUGUUGGCACCGGCCAUCGAGCUGGCCGAGAAUUCCAAAACGUACGGCAGCAAGGGCGAGUUUGCCUUCAUUCCGGUGGCAGUUGGAUUUCUGCUCGGUGCGAUAUUCGUCUACGGGACGGAUAAGGUCAUUUCGUUCCUGGGGAUCAACAGCCCGACGAUGAUGAUUGCUUUGACGCAUACCAACAAGGAUAAGGCCGAUAUUGCGAUUGAUGAUCAGGUUUCCUCGGUGGAACAUGGACGGAGUUCUUACGCAGGGGUGUCGCCGAACCCUCAGGACAAUUCCCUGGCCAUCGGAAUGGACAGCUUUGCGGAUUGCCUGAAUGCCCAGCACGGGAACGUUUCCCGCAAGCGUAGGAAGGGCAGCGGAUCGGUUAAGGAACAGUCCCUGUAUACAAACACCAGUCAGAGUCAGAUUGAUGCACAACUGUCGCAAUGGAAGCGAAUCAUGCUGCUCGUGGUGGCCAUCACGGUACACAACAUCCCGGAAGGGUUGGCCGUUGGCGUGAGCUUCGGUGCUAUCGGAACAACGGAAUCGGCGACCUUCGAAGCGGCUCGAAAUCUGGCUAUCGGAAUCGGUAUUCAGAACUUCCCCGAAGGUUUGGCAGUGAGUCUACCGCUGCAUGCUGCUGGUUUCAGCGUCUGGAAGAGCUUCUGGUACGGUCAACUGUCCGGAAUGGUAGAACCAAUUUUCGGAAUUCUCGGUGCUGUGGCCGUGAGUGUGGCGACCAUUAUUCUGCCGUAUGCCCUGUCCUUUGCCGCCGGGGCCAUGAUCUACAUCGUGGCGGAUGAUAUUCUGCCGGAAGCGCAUGCUAGUGGAAACGGACUGAUUGCAACGUGGGGAACGAUAGUCGGGUUCGUGGUCAUGAUGUGCCUCGACGUUGGCCUGGCGUAAUCAUCUCUUCCCACGACCACCACAACUAAAUAGAGAACUACUUUGAUACCGUAACAUACCGAUGUGAUCGAACUGUUGGAGUGUACUUUAAUUGACUAAGUAUUAAUUGUAUUCGUUUAGUGAAGUAAUGGACACCAUUGGAAGUGCAGAGAAUCGAUUUCUACGACGAAUAAGAUUGAGCUUGAAAGUACCCCAUCUUGGGUACUGCUUUGAGUGGAUUGUGUAUCAUAUAGGGCGUAGAAUCAGAUGAUCAAUCAAUUUUUCCACAAAUUUUAUUUUAUCUCUAGGAUAACAUUGUACAAAUCAAAUAAAUACACAUUUACGACCGAGUAGAUGAGCUUUCAAA